UCCCAAAGCCGGCGGCCUCUGCUAUUGUCGUCCGCUGGGUCACCGGGUACAUGUGGAGGAUUUCAGGUGCCCGCGCAGCGCUUCGUGGAGUCCGGACAGCGGUGGAGCAGCGCAGCCGAACCGACAAGGCGACUGAGACGGCGGCAGGUGCGAUGGAGCGCGCUGUAGUGCGCUGUGUGCCGUCGGAGCCCAAGCUGAGCCUAUCAUUCGCGCUGGCCGACGGCAGCCACAAGAACAUGCAGCGCGACCAGAGCGAGCCUCUGGGUCGGGCCCUCAGCCGGAUCGCUACGAACGCCCUCAAGGGCCACGCUAAGGCGGUGGCCGCCAAGAAGAGCAGGAAAAAUCGGUCCAACUCGAGCGGCGGUGCGGCCUGUGCUGGGCCUGGGCCCGAGUCGGCUGCAGCCUGCGAGCCCGUGGUGAAGCUAUACUACCGGGAGGAAGCCGUGGCUGAGGACGUGCUCAACGUGGACGCUUGGCAGGAUGGCGCAGUGCUGCAGAUAGGAGAUGUCAAGUACAAAGUGGAGCGCAAUCCACCCGCCUUCACCGACCUCCAAUUGCCGCGCUACAUCAUGGCGGGCUUCCCGGUGUGCCCCAAGCUCAGCCUCGAAUUUGGAGAUCCCGCCGUUUCCCUCUUCCGCUGGUACAAGGAAGCCAAAUUGGGAGCGAUGGAGCCUGAGGUCGGUGGCCCCUCGUCACUGUCUCCCUCCACGCCCUCUUCUACUUGGACGGAGAUAGGUGUGGACGAGCGCGUCUACACCCCGUCUAAUGCUGAUGUCGGGUUACGGCUCAAGCUUCAUUGCACCCCAGGCAAUGGGCAGCGCUUUGGGCCGAGCCGGGAGAUAGAAAGUGUGUGUCCGGUAGAGGCUGGACCAGGCACCUGCACUUUUGACCACCGGCAUCUCUAUACUAAGAAGGUGGCAGAGGACGCUCUUAUCCGCACCGUCUCCUACAACAUCCUGGCAGACACAUACGCUCAGACUGAGUUCUCGCGUACAGUAUUGUACCCAUACUGUGCUCCCUAUGCCCUGGAAGUCGACUACCGCCAGAACCUUAUCCAGAAGGAACUCACGGGCUACAAUGCCGACGUCAUCUGUUUGCAGGAAGUUGACCGCUCUGUGUUUUCUGACAGCUUGGCGCCGGCCCUCGAGGCCUUUGGGCUCGAAGGCGUUUUUCGAAUCAAGCAGCACGAAGGCCUGGCUACUUUCUACCGAAAGUCUAAAUUCACCCUCCUUAGCCAGCAUGACAUUGCUUUCCAUGAGGCCCUGGAAUCCGACCCCCUUCACAAAGAACUGCUGGAGAAACUAGUUUUGUACCCAUGGGCGCAGGAGAGAGUACUGCAGAGAUCUUCUGUUCUUCAGGUUUCAGUUCUUCAGUCUACAAAGGACUCUUCUAAAAAGAUAUGUGUUGCUAAUACCCAUCUUUACUGGCAUCCAAAAGGUGGAUACAUUCGUCUCAUUCAAAUGGCAAUAGCCUUGGCUCACAUUAGACAUGUCUCGUGUGAUCUGUAUCCUGGCAUACCAGUUAUAUUUUGUGGGGACUUUAAUAGUACGCCAUCAACAGGAAUGUAUCAUUUUGUCAUCAAUGGAAGCAUUCAAGAGGAUCAUGAAGACUGGUCUUCCAAUGGGGAAGAAGAAAGAUGCAACAUGUCUCUUACUCAUUUCUUCAAACUGAAAAGCGCUUGUGGUGAACCUGCUUACACAAAUUAUGUUGGUGGCUUUCAUGGAUGUCUAGAUUACAUUUUCAUUGACUUAAAUGCUUUAGAGGUUGAGCAGGUGAUUCCAUUACCUAGUCACGAAGAAGUUACCACCCACCAGGCCUUACCUAGUGUUUCCCAUCCCUCUGAUCACAUAGCACUUGUAUGUGAUUUAAAAUGGAAAUAGACUUGUGUUUAAUGGAAGUUGUUUAGACCUGAAAAGGAAGUUAGUUACUUAGCAGAAAAUUUAAUGUGUAUCAAAGCUUAUGUCACUUUCAAAGAGGAAAACUAGACACUAAGGUAAAAUGUUCAUACCCUACUAGUUAUGCUCCAGAUGUUUUCAUUAUGAAACUGUUCAUAAUGUUUGCAUCAUAGUUUCUCUUUGCUUUUUUCCCCCCUACACCUGGAGGAAGUAUUUAUGAGUAGCAAGAAGAAAAUUGAAUUAUUGUGUACAUUUUUGUAAGUGUUUUUUAGCUAGUAAUUAAGUAUUUUUUAAGUACCAUUUGAAUGAUCAUAUUUUUCUUUCAUAACAUACAUUCCAAAUUGAAUCAUGUUUAUAUAAUUAGUGGAAAAUGCAUGUAAGUUAUGGUGAGAGACCUAACUUCUAACACAUGGAAGGAAUAACAUUAGGGUUUACCUCUACCUCAAUUUGGUUAGCAAUUUACUACAGUUUUAGAGCUUUAACAAAAGAUUAAAAUAUACUGUCACUUGUUAUUGCUUCUUAUCCUUCAUUUUUCAACUAACAAGGUAUGUUCAUCCUCCAAUUUUUAGGAUUUUAGUUUUAGUGUAUCGUACAAAUGGACAUAAUUUAUAUUAUUCUUAAUGGAGGUCCUUUUAAUUUUUAGGAUGCAAGCACAAUUUAGUAUUGAAAGUGAGUAGCAGCAUUCAACUUGAUCCCAUUGUCAUUAAUUAGUCUUGCCUAUGAAAUAAGUCACUGGGGUAUAUGACCAAAUAUUAGAGCACAAUACAUUACUUUAUGAGAAACUACCUAAAGAUAAGGCUUGAAAUUUUGGGUGAACAAUUGAGCAUUUCUGUGCUAGAAAUAUUUUCAAAAUUGAUUUUUAUAAACAUGAAAAAAGGGGACUGGUGGGACUUUUGAGCUUCUCUGAUAUAAACUAUUCUUUAUAGACUUGAGCAUUAUAGUUUGAGUUACAGGACAACAUU